CUCUGGUCAUCUCUUGUACUAUGUCCAUAGUCUCUGGUCAUCUCCUGUAAUGUGUCCGCAGUCUCUGGUCAUAUCCUGUACUAUGUCCGCAGUCUCUGGUCAUCUCCUGUACUAUGUCCACAGUCUCUGGUCAUCUCCUGUACUAUGUCCGCACUCUCUGGUCAUCUCCUGUACUAUGUCCGCACUCUCUGGUCAUCUCCUGUACUAUGUCCACAGUCUCAGGUCAUCUCCUGUACUAUGUCAGCAGUCUCUGGUCAUCUCCUGUACUAUAUCCACAGUCUCAGGUCAUCUCCUGUACUAUGUCAGCACUCUCUGGUCAUUUCCUGUAAUAUGCCUGCAGUCCAUUGGUUCAGAAUAUGUUUUUUCUUGUUCUCCUCCUCUAAAAUCUAGGUGAGUCUUAUGGUCAGGUGCCUCUUAUGCAGCGAAAAAUAUGGUAAGUAGGAGGAGCUUCUAGUCUUCUGCUGCUGGUCAUAUGUUCAAAAUAAAACAGCCUUUGG